GCUCACCCGGGGCACUCGGCUGCCUAUCCAAACGUCAUGUUUCCAUAUUGCCUCCCUCAAUAUUUAAGUAUCGCCAGUGGCUUCGUUCUGGGUUCUUUUCUAUCCGCACCCAUCCAGGGGCCCCACGAUCAAACAAUUCUCGGCUCAAUCGACACCAGCACCACAAUGGCGUCCUCCCUAUGCAGCCCUUCCUCCUUCACCUCCCUCUCCCUUGUAGGCGCCGAGAUCCUAAACGUCGCCGCAACGCCCGUCUCGGAGAUCAGGACCGUCAUCUACGCCACGAUAAGAAAGCCGGCCAUCCAGAUCCAGCUCGACUACUGCAACGUCACCGUCAGCUACACCCACAAUGGCUACGACGACCUCAUCAACGUCGAGACCUGGCUGCCCGCACCGGACGCAUGGAACGAACGCAUCUGGGCCACGGGCGGAGGCGGCUUCCGCGCGGGCCGUGACGUGCAGGGCAACUACAACACCACCAUGUCCAUCGCCCUGAACGACGGGUACGCCACGACGUCGACGGACUCGGGCACCGAGAGGGGAGCCGCGCCCUCCCUCGGCGACUGGGGCCUCCUGACGCCGGGGAACCUGGACGUGGUGCGGUUCAGCAACUUUGCCGGACGGUCGCUCGAGGAGCAGGCGCUGCUGGGGAGGCAGGUCGUCGGAGCCUACUACGGGCGCGCGCACAAGUUCUCGUACUUUGGCGGCUGCUCGCAGGGAGGGAGGCAGGCGCUGGCGCUGGCGCAAAAGUACCCGGACCUGUACGACGGGAUCCUGGCCAGCGCGCCGGCGCUGUCCAUCAACGCCAUCGUCCCGCAGAUCCACUGGCCGUACCAGUACAUGAUCGAGUCGGGCAACGUGUCGCGGGACUGCGAGGUGCAGGCCAUCACCGAGGCGGCGGUCGAGGCGUGCGACGGGUUCGACGGCGUCGAGGAUGGCAUCGUGGCAGAGUACGAGCGGUGUGCGGCAGAGUUUGACCCGUUUUCCGUCGUGGGAAAGCCGGUCGACUGCAUCGACGGCGCGAGGACCGUGACGGAGGCCUCGGCCGCCGUCGUGAACGCCACCUGGGACGGGGUGCGGUCGGCGCAGGGAAGGCGGCUCUGGGCUCCCGUCACUCCCGGCACGGACUUGGUUGGCAACGGGACCAGGCCGAUAUCGCCCGGUGCUGACAUUGUGUCGAGCGACUGUUCCAGUGGGACCUGCGUCGCCGUGCCGUACCCGCUCGGGCCGGGCCUUUUGAAGAAUUUCCUCGCGUUGGAUCCGGGUUUGGACGUUUCAAAUGUGAGCAAGGCCGAGUUUGACAGGCUGGUCAAGUUUGGAAUGUUGGACUUGACGCAGUGGCAGGCCAACUACCCGGACCUGACCGACUUCCAACGUGCUGGCGGCAAGAUCAUCACCCCGCACGGCACUGCCGACAGUCUCAUCCCCAUCGGCGGCAUGGUAGACUACUACAAGAAGGUGGGAGCCAUCUCGCCCGACGUACACGACUUUUACCGCUUCUUCGAGGUUCCAGGUCUGUCCCACUGCUACGGGGGCAAGGCAGGCGUUCCCGUGGAGCUUAUGAAACAGCUCCGGUCUUGGGUCGAGGACGGGACUACGCCUGAAAACUCGACGUACGAAGCUCUGACCAAGGACGGUCAUGUCGAGGACAGACUGCUCUGCCCGUAUCCUCAGAAGGCAACAUUUGACAAGGAAUGUGGGGAUUCAGCCAAGGCUGCCUGCUGGACCUGUGUUGAUGGGCUUUCUUGAUGUUAUUAUGGGGGUGCAGGACGAUAAGGUGAGGAUUAUGAUGUCGCUUUUUUUUACCGUAAUUGCCUGGGAAAGGAGUUAGCGGCUGUUACGAAACCUAGAUAUUGAUAGAUAUUUACUGAGUUAUCCGAUAAUCUAUUGCCCUUACGUGGGCCUUCGACCAAUAAUUGUAUCACAUGUACCAUGAGCCUGCACGUUCAAAAAGUCACAACCAUCUGAACUGUC